AUGCAGCACGUUACGUCGUUCUUUCGAUCUCAUUCCCAUCCAUUUGAUUUACCAACGGAAGGAAAGAAAACUUCCAGAAGGAAUUCAAGUAGUAGACCAUCGUUGAAAAGUCGCACACCAUCAGCCUCUUCUAUCAUAGACGACAAAGCAGCCAAGAUGCCCGACCUUUCUCUUACCCACAAACGUAUCUCGAUACCCGGUCUUCAUUCCCCCAAAACUUCUUCGAAAUCUAUUCCUCAAUAUCACGGUGCAACACUCGACUGUGCCAUUGAGUCACCACCAUUGGUUCUCUAUGGUUCUACCAGUUCGAGCACUGGCGCAUUACUCUCAGGUCAAUUAAAGUUACACAUUCACGAUGAGAGUUUUGCAAUUGAAUCUUUCAAGAUGCGAUUGGCAUUGGAGGUCACACAAAAGAAACCAUUCCAUGCGCAUUGCCAUGAAUGUACCCACCAAUCAAAGGAUUUAACGACGUGGAAUUUCCUUCAAGGUCCAGCUACACUUCGCAAAGGUGAACAUGACUUUCCAUUCAGCUUUCUCCUUCCUGGACAUCUACCUGCAAGUAUGAAGGGUAGCUUGUCCAACAUCGAAUACGUUCUCAAAGCUACAUUGGUGCCAAAGACUGGCGAGCCAAUGAAACUCUCCCACAUCCUCAAUAUUAAGCGUGCCAUCAUCCCUUCCGACACACCUCGAAACUCGAUCCGAAUCUUUCCACCAACAAAUUUGACUGCGAACUGUCAACUUCCUCCUGUCAUCUAUCCAAUCGGUGAAGCAAACAUUUCCAUGCGCAUGGAUGGUGUUGUAAAUCGUAAUGUGGAUGCAAAGACACAGAACCAUUGGAAGUUGAAGCGUUUGACGUGGCGUUUGGAUGAAACUCACAGAGUGAUCUCACCAGCAUGCCCCAAACAUGCCUCCAAAGUGACCAAGGAAGGUGAGAGCAAGAAAGGUGCUGCUCAUCAAGAUGCCCGCACUCUAGCAACUGAGGAGAUCAAAUCUGGAUGGAAAUCAAAUUACGAUACAGCGGAUGGAGCCAUUGAAAUCGAAUUUCCUAUCUCGAUUCGUCCUGAUGCAAAACCAAUUUGCGAUAUGAAAGCUGAAGAUGGCACGGAAGUUUUCCACACUCUCAUUGUUGAGAUGAUUGUUUCCGAAGAAUUCGCACCUAUCAAAAAACCAACACAAGUAACACCAACUGGAGGCGCAAGAGUUUUAAGAAUGCACUUCAACCUCACAGUUACCGAGAGAUCGGGGUUGGGCAUCUCAUGGGAUGAGGAACAACCUCCUCUAUAUGAGAAUGUUCCCGCCAGCCCCCCAACUUAUGUCAACACGGAAUUGUAUGACGGACCCCCCAUUCCUGAUUAUGAACAUUUACCAGCAUUGGAUGGCGCAAAUGGAAGUGACCACAGAGCUCAUUAA